UAUUAUAAAAUUCGAUAUUUAGAUAUAUAUAGAUAAUAAUGUAAUGUAACAUGAAACAUUUGUGAAUACAUAGAACUGUGAUCUAACCGUGUUAGUAGCCAUUUCGCUUUUCUUGGAGUUGGGAUUGGCAAAGAAACAUACAAUGGCAAAUAAAUUAUUGCUAUCAUAUCUACGACAAAAUACUUCAAUGUGUGUUCGUGGAUUAUCAGCAAUGCCAGAAUUUCCUAACAAAAUUGGUAAUAGAGAUGUAGUAGGUAAUGGAUGGAAUGGUGAAGAAGCUUACUUAGACCGAAGUGAUUUUCCUCUGCCUGCAAUUCGUUUCAAAGCAAAUACUCCAGAUAUAAUGGCAUUACGAGAAAAAGAGAAAGGUGAUUGGAAGAAAUUAUCAAUAGAAGAAAAAAAAAUAUUAUAUCGAGCUAGUUUUCGUCAAACAUUUAGUGAAUUUUUAGCCCCAACAGGAGAGUGGAGAGGACAUAUUGGAAUAGCACUUAUAGGUGUAUCUUUUAGUCUUUUCACAUAUAUAUUACUCAAAAUUUAUGGUAAGUUUGUAAAUAUGUAUUAAAAAUUUAUAAUAUAA